AUGCGGAAGUUGGCUAAUGAUUUGACACCUUUGUUUUUCUCCCUUUUGUUCGUUAUUGUGCUUCAGAAAUUGUGUCAAAUGGAGGUUUAUUCUUCAUUGAAUUUUGUUGUUGUUGUUGUACUUAUCAGAUGUAAAGAAGAGUGGAAAUACUUAUGCCAAAACAUGUAUGGAAAUCAAUACUUUGUUAUGAUGUUAAUAACUAAGAGGGAAAGAUACCCACUAGGAAUUAGGUAUGGUGGGAAGCAAUCUUUGCUCCUAGUCCUAGGGGAGGAUAAAGGUUUAUGCCCUGAAGAUGCAACUUCUGAAGACGACUAUACCAUAUUGCUCCGUACCUGA